UUUUCGGUGCGUGAAAUUCCUCAAGUUGGUGUCUUUUGUUUGUCUGGGAACAAGAGCGAGAGGGAACCUGGCGUCGUUACCGUCAACCGUCUUAAAGCAGCGCGGACGUUAGUGCGCGUUAGUUUAUUUUUUAUUAUUUAUUUUAUUUAUUUAGUGCGCAGACUCGGACGAAGAGGACCCGAGCGGCUCUCGUGCACUUCUUCUGUCGGCUGGCUUAAAACGAGGGCAGAGGAGUGCAACUCCUGAUGGGAAGGAAAGGAAGGGAAGGAAAGGAAGGGAAGGGGGGAAGAUACCGAGGAGGAGUUGAGGAAGGAGCGGCGGGUAUGUGGCAAAACUCUCAGCGACUCUGACAACGAGAGCGACAAAGAGUCGUGUCUUUAUUUUUUGGAAAAAGCGAGCGCUCUGUAGGGGAUUUGAAUCUGUGUUCUUCCGGCCGUGCAGAGAUGGAGGGAGAGAAGGAGAGACAGAGGCAGCAGCGAGAGGAGAAGGAGAGCAACGAGGCGGAGGAGGAGGAGGAAGAAGAAGAAGAAGAGGAGGAUGAUGAUGAAGAAGAAGAUUCGGAGGGUGCGUCCCUGAUCUGGCAGGAGGGCUACGGCGAGGACAACCUGGGUCUUCCCAUCAUGCACUGGGAGGCGCUGAGCCUGCGCAUUGCCGAGCUGGAGAAGCAGGAGGAGGAGAACAAGGAGAAGAGGGCAAAGAGUGGAGUUUCUCUGGAGCGAGGCAGAGCUCCGGUCAGCUGGACGGAGGAGAGAGGGAGGAGGGCGGAGAGCUGGGAGGACGGAGACGACGCCUGCAACAGCCACGUACUGGCGCUCACCUCCCGCCUGCAGACCCAGAUGAAUCUUCAGCUCUGCUUCAUCAACAACAGUGAAAGUGAGGAGGAGGAAGAGGAGGAGAGGGAGAGCAGCAACACACGGGUCAAGAAGAAUCCGCAGCCUCCCGCCAAGCCGGAGAAACCCAAAUCCAGAGGCUUCAGGAACACUCUGAGGAACCUACGAGACCGACUGAGAACCGACCACAGAACACUGGCUGCAACUCGUAGUGAACCUGUAGUCCAGAGAAGACAUGUGGAGCGCAGUGAUUUACAGAACUUCAGUCUGAAGGACCUGAGUGCUCUUUGUACAUCGCUCAGCCAGACCAUACAAGACCUGAGCUCAGACCUGGUGGGCCGCCUGCAGGUCCGUGACCAGCUGAGGACGGAGCAGGACGCCAUGCUGCUGGAGGUCCAGGACCUGACGUCGCUGUGAAGCUGCUGCUCGCUCCCACCUGAAGUUCACCCGUCGACAGACAUUUGAUGUUGAUCGUCGUGAAUCGGACGUCGCCACAGUGGCCUCCUCAAAACAUCCUGUUGUCAGUCUGACCAGCCAAUCACUGUGAAGCCUGAAAGGGAGACAUGGACAUUCAGUUGUAAUGUAAUCGUCUGCAUUGUAUAUUUCUGAGGGACAUUUUGUCUCUCUACAGGACAGUCUCCACCAGCAGGGACAGAUCGGGCUUUGUUUGUCACGGUCGCGCUGUCUGAGCUGCACGGUACGGUCAACCACUGAAACUGAGUUAAACACAACAUCCAGGAAGUAGAGGGUGACCUUAGAGGAGCACGCUGCCAGACUUCUUUUCCGUGGAGAGUACCAGCCAACGUCUUUGGGCUGUUCUGUACAGAGACACAGCACUGAUACGUGUCCCAUGCAGUUCUCCAAACACCCGAUAGUCCAGUGAAAGGAUUCGUCCAGUGGUGCUUCUUGACCACUAUUAGCGGUGCAGAGCGACGUUUCCAUCAGCGGGUCCCCGUCCUGCUUCGUCUGUACUCGAGCGUUUGGGAUGUUACUACACAGAAGUACAACAAAAGCAGGCCAAUGUUCAGCCUGUUUAAAAGCAGAAAGCGGAGCACUUAAGGUGGGCUGACCAGUAAGGUGGACCAGCGCUAUUCUUCUUUUCGUUUUUUUACUUUUAAACUGAUAGCAUGGUUAAUUAUUAACAUCCCUACAGCAAAUAACUACACUCUUGUUUGUACCAGGGAAAUACUAAAUGUUAAAAUGUUAUUAUUUAAAGCUGUAAUGGCGUUUUUAAAUACUAGUAUCCAUACUCAAGUGUACUUGGUCUCCGUGUUCACAGCAGAAAUCCCGAUCUUUAGUUAUCUUAUUAUUAUUUUGUAAUUCACAUUUUUCAUAUGUACAACCAAUUAAGCACAUUUUGGUUUUCCUUCACCAAAGUGCUUUUUCUUUUAUAUGAAAGAGAAGAAAUGUUUAAUAUUUGUAUUCAACGAAUCAGGACAGUCUUGGCACAAGUUCUUGAUAAUUUGCCUUAAAACUUUGCCUUUUUGGUUUGCUGUUAAACUACCAUCAAUAAGUCAACACUUCCUGUGUUUCAUGUUAAAAGACUUCUAACAGCUUCAGGAAGUGAAGCUGUUAGAUCAUCCACAGCAACUUUAAAAAAAGGGUAACAUUUGAAUUAUGUUGAAUUGACCAUUUGAACUGUUCUAGUGCAGUUAAUUGUACAUUUGCAAUUAUAAGAAACGGUAAAAUUAUUUGAUACCCAGCAGGACAACGUUGUAGUAUUUCAGAGACAGAAAUCAAUUCAUCUGCUUCCUGUCUCAAACUAGUACUCAGUGUUGACAUCUUCAUAAAGAUGAACUCCUUUAUGUUGUUAUUCCACGUGUUGGUGCCUCCACAUGAUUAACAUGUUUAUUAGCUCAGACGUGAGUAAGAACUGUUUAUCUAAUCGUCUUGUUUAAAAAGUAACUCAUGUCAAGGAAUCAGAAAAGCAUGAAUCAUUUAGACUUAGUUGUUUUCUUGUAUUAAUCUGUGAAUUAAUUAAUUAACUUACACACUCCGAUACUGUGUUUUUAAUUUUGGUGGUGGUUCGACCAUUUUGUUUACAUUGGAUAACAGAUUGUGCCUUUUUAAAUGAAUAAAGCAUUAGUACAGUC